ACCAAGAAGUGGCGGUUUCGUUUUUGGAAGCCACUAUUCAAAGCUGGUGUAGGGAGGCGGCCGACGGGACAAGAGUGAUGGCCUCCCGGGGUCGCGGGGUGGAAAAGUUCCCGGCGUCUGCCCUGCUCGUAGCACACUUGUGGGGCCCAGGACGUCGGGGUCCCCGGCAUCUCGGUCCUGAGACCUGCCCGCCCAUCAGUUCUCUGGCUUUUCUGUAUGAGUAGAGAAGACAGUUGUCGUAAGUAGAAGUGACACAGCAUUUAUUAGGAUGUCUGAAGAUGAAGAAAAAGUGAAAUUACGCCGUCUUGAACCAGCUAUCCAGAAAUUUAUUAAAAUAGUAAUCCCAACAGAUCUGGAGAGGUUAAGAAAGCACCAGCUAAAUAUUGAAAAGUAUCAGAGAUGCAGAAUCUGGGACAAGCUGCAUGAAGAGCAUAUCAAUGCGGGGCGUACAGUUCAGCAACUCCGCUCCAAUAUCCGAGAAAUGGAGAAGCUUUGUUUGAAAGUCCGAAAAGAUGACCUAGGGCUCCUGAAGAGAAUGAUAGAUCCUGUUAAAGAAGAAGCCUCAGCAGCAACAACAGAAUUUCUCCAACUCCAUCUGGAAUCUGUAGAAGAACUUAAGAAACAAUUUAAUGAUGAAGAAACUUUAGUACAGCCUUCUUUGACCAGAUCUGUGACUGUUGGUGGAGCAUUUCAUACUGCUGAAGCUGAAGCUGAAGCCGAUCCUCAGAGUAUGACUCAGAUAUAUGCAUUGCCUGAAAUUCCUCGAGAUCAAAACGCUGCAGAAUCAUGGGAAAUCUUAGAAGCGGACUUAAUUGAACUUAGCCAACUGGUCACAGAAUUCUCACUCCUAGUGAAUUCUCAGCAGGAGAAGAUUGACAGCAUUGAAAACCAUGUCAACACUGCCGCUGCGAAUGUGGAAGAGGGAACCAAAAACUUGGGGAAGGCUGCAAAAUACAAGCUGGCAGCUCUGCCCGUGGCAGGUGCACUCAUCGGAGGAGUGGUGGGGGGUCCGAUUGGCCUCCUUGCAGGCUUCAAAGUGGCAGGAAUUGCAGCUGCACUUGGUGGUGGAGUGUUGGGCUUCACAGGUGGAAAAUUGAUACAAAGAAGGAAACAGAAAAUGAUGGAGAAGCUCACUUCCAGCUGUCCAAAUCUUCCCAGCCAAACUGACAAAAAAUGCAGUUAGAAACCAAAGUUCAGUGUUAUUGGCGCCAACGUGUCUAUCCUGAUGGGCCCUUGCUGCUGUUGGACACUCAGUUUUUGGAACAUGAUUAUGUCAAGAUAGUGGCUGGAGAUGCUGAAGUGGGAUUGAACUGUGAUAAGUGGAUAUAUUUUUUGUUUGCCGGGAUGUUAAUGGAGUUGAGGGGCCUGGGCUGAGGGUGUAUGAUGCUUGUCAGAUACCAUUUAAAGACUGCUAGGGAGCAGAUUUUCCUCCUGGAAAUGUGAAAACCGAACCCGUGACUUUGACAGGGACAUGAGUUCCAUGGACAUCUUGGGUCGUGGAAGAACAGUUUCUUUCGUAACCCUGAUUUGGAGACCCCAAGGCUAAGAAUAUUAUAAAUAUGCUUUUUACCUCCUAAAUGUAGAUUAUUUAGGCCUGUCAGCGAAGAAAAGAAUGGGAGUUCGCGAGCCUUUUUAUCAAAUGAAACCUAGAUCGAGCAAGGAGUACAGGUGAAGUGCAUGUGAACCCACUUACAGCUUGGCCCAGCUAUGUUUUCUGAUGAAGGAAACUAAUAGUGAAAGAAAAUGCAAAGAGAGGCCCAACUUUUCUUUCCAGUGUCUUCAUUUGUGACGCUGGCCCCUUCUCUGAACUCUGCCCUCUGUCACUCUAGAAACAGAAUCUCAAGUGGUAGGGGGUAUUAUUGAGCCAGUCACUAAGCUUGCUCUGUCAGCUUGUCUCUUCCCCUGGAAGACCUAGUGCCCUCUGCCUUCCUUCCCUGUACUUUUCAAAAUUCUUUGACUUGUGGAGUGAGUUCUACCCAUGUGUAAUGAGGGCUUUUCUCAUAGUCAAUUUUAUUGUUUCCCAUCCUUUCCUGUAAUUUCUAGGUAAGAGAGGGAGGGAGAAAGAGAGAUCUCCAAAUAUUUCCCACAUUGUUAGAGUUUGAGCUAAAAAUUAAGCAGGCGGGAAAUAUGCCAGAUCAUCUCUCUGGGCAUCUUCCAAUUCCAAGGGGCCGAUGCAGCCGCCACACAGGGAGCCUCCGACCCGGGUGAAGCGAAGCGCUGGCUUUCUACCUUGCGUCUCUUCCCGCCGUCCUUUCCCCCAGGCUUUGCUCUCUCCUGUGUUUUCCUUCACUUUUCACAGCUGCCAUUUCUUCCCAAGAAUGGCAUUCACGUUUGCCUUUUCGCACAUUCAGGGCAAUGAUGGACAAAGCCUGGUGCCAACAGUCAGUCCCUGCCGGUGGAUUUGCGGUGCUAAUCCCAACACUUGACCUUGACAGCAAGCACGGCCCAGCCCAAACCAAUGUCUGUAUCAAGCCAAAUGGUAUUCAAUUUAGAGAGAAAGAAUUUAAGACUGCAGGCAGCCUCAUCCUAGACCCCAAACCCAGUAGAAAUAGGAAGGAACCACCUUUUGCCUUACUCCUACUCAGCUCUGCGGACAGAGGAAUGGGAACCAACACCUCCAACGGUGUGAGCGUUCUCUGCCCAGGCGCCCGUCACCAGGCAGGCGGAUGGUUUAUCCUUUCUCUCUAGCUGAGCUUACUCAUCAUAACUUUUAUUGAUUGCUGCCUUGUGUUCCUCUUUCUAAUCUAAAGAGACCUUUCUCCUUCACACUUUUUGACUCACCAUUUCUUGUUAAAUGCCGUGUUUUGCCAUGUAUAAUGCACACCCAAGUUUUGUGCACACUAUACACGGGAUUAUUAUACCCAUGGUAUGUAAUCAUUAUACCCAUGUAUAAUGCUCAUCCUUAUUUUUCCUCAAAACUUUGGGCAAAAGAGUGUGCAUUAUACCCAGCAAAAUACAGUAACUAGAAAAUUUCAAGUACUGUAUUGCUACCUGCUGACUUGUAUCUUUUAUAUAAUACCAAAAAGGAAGUACUUUGAAUAAGUGUCAGAUUCUGACCCAGUAUUUGAUACUGGUACCUAUAAGGUCAGGAUAAUUACUUUCGAACUCCACCUUUUGUUUUGUUUUGUUUUCUGAUCCUUGCUGUCCCUUUAGCACAGGGUGUUCAAACCUGAGUGGAGAUCAGAAUCACAUGCGGGGCCUAUGUAAUAAAACGAGAUUCCGAAACUUCAGUCCCACAGGUGGUUCUGAUAAUGGUCAAUCUGUCCUGGUCGGCUAAAAUUUUAAGAUACAGUUACAUCGAGAUUCAAGUGUAUCAUUGAAUUCUAUAAUUCCUAGUAGUCUGCCCUGCAACAUCGCCCCAUCUGCAUUGCUGCACGUUGUUCCCACUCUGCCAACCCCAAAUUGCUGAGGCUUUUCCCCACCAUCUUAACACAGCUAGGGACUCACUAUACUGUCAAGCUGGUGGCACCUCAGGACCUGAAGGAGAGAGGAGGCCUGAGACCGAAGCUCAUGCUUUGUCUUGGGCCGUCUGGUUUUUACUGUGCAAGACACCAUUGUAUGUGCUCAUGAAGGCCUGUGAGUUUGCCACUCACCAGGAUUGGGCUAUUGCUCUAGCAGCUUUCAUGACUGGGCCAGUUACAAUCCUUUUAAAAAGUUUUCUUUAAAAUUAUUUAGAAAUUGUAUCUAAUUUUCCCAUAAUAGAUCCUACUAGCCAGCUUUUGGUAGAAAUCGCCAGAAGUAUUUAAUCAACUGUAAAUGAUACACCUAUAAACUUUGGUGUUGGCAGUAUACGUUAGUCAAUAUGACACAGAAACUAAUCAAGUUGAAUUUAAUGCCCAACAGUAUUAGAUCAAAUUAAUCUUUAUUAUUCAGGUCUUAUUUUUACUGCAACAAGUUAAAAUGUAAAGGACACUUUGAUUAAGUUCUUCAUAUUUAUAGAGGCUUCUUUGGAUAAAGGAAGCACUCCUCAAGAUGUUUUUGAUAUAAUAAUCUGAUAACUUCAUUACAGAGCAGAGACCAAACCUUUCUGAUUGUAACCCACAGUAAAAAAACGCACUUAAACAAAACUCAGCAUAUGUAUAAUGGAACACUUCUUACCAUUAUGCGCAGUGCAUUCUGAUGUUUUUUGUUGUUUCAGUUUCUAAGAUAUGCUGGUUGCAACCUACUCGGGUGAUUUUAUAAUCUACCAAUCAGUUGAGACCCUUAGUUUGAGAAAAAAAACAAAAAGAAAAAAAAAACACCAUGGUCACAGGGGAGCUGAUAGUCACUGAAUAUCUUCUGUUUGCCAGGCACUUCACUAGGCAUUUUACAGGUAGGGAAACUGAGUCUUAGAGAAGUUAAAUAAUUUGCAGAGGGCUAUUGAACUACAAGUGGGCGGAGCUAGGGUAGUAACUAGAUCUAUUGUACUAUAGAAACUAUUAAUCUCAUACUGUGCUACUUCUGUAUGUAAAAUUGAAGUGUGCCCUUUAUUCUGUGUCACCCAAACACCCAUGUAUUCUGUAAAUCAGGAUUACUUUGAAAUUACACGUGCCAUUCAUUUGCACUUCAAAUUUUUUUCCCCCCUCAAAGCAGCCUCAAGAUUUUUAGGAUUGGCCAACGCAGUAGUACAUGGUGCUGAGUUUCGUCCUUAGACUAUAAAAUUAAAAGUGUUUCUAGCCCACCCACACAUCCUACAAAUUUCGUUAAUGUUCGUGGAUUAUAGCCAUCACUUAAGCAUGAUUUUUAUAUUUAAUAAAAAAUUAAAAAUUUUAAGACAAAUCUAUCAUAACUCAUAGAAUCAAAUGAUUAUGCUUUAAAAUGGCACUCUUGGGAAGCCAUGCACUCACCGAAUGAUGCUAGUAUUAGAACAUUUUGAAAAUUUUCUUUUAGCAUUGCCUCCAAAGACAUUGUGCGAACCACAUAAAAAAAGCUUUCUCAGUGUUUUCUGGCCCCAGACUAUGCUCUCCGGUCCGCGUGACCACUCUCCCUUGCCCAGCUUGCUUCUCUUCCACCGGCUGAGCCUCCUACCCAGCUCUGCCAGAGCCACUAACCUCAGGGGGUCCGCGGGGCGGGGGCGGGGUGCUGUCCUGGCCUGCGUGGCUGGAGCAAGAACUCUGAGACUACCCUGAAGCUGAGGGCUGGAAGGGGAGACCACUGCGAGCCCAGAACCCCGCUCUGGGGUCUGCCCGCCUGCCCGAAAGUGCUGGGCGUAGUUUGCACAGGAGUACGAACCGAAUACUGGUUGGUUACACCAAUCACAAGAUAAUGUAUAACAACACUUUUCUCCAGCUAACAUACCAGUUAACAGAAGCCAAACCACACCAUACUUUUUAAAAUGGAAAGGUCUUUCCCCUUUGCCCUUCAUUGCUGCCACGUGAAAUCUUUUAAAGGAAGGAUGAAGAAAAACCUGGGGGAAAGGUUCUCCUGCGCAAUGGAAGACUUUCUCUUAUAAUAAAGGAUGAUGUGACUGGCUCUCAGGUACUUCCGAAUGUUAGACAAUGUUCUUAAGUAGCCAGAGGCCUAAUAAAAGGCAGGUGCAUCCCUGCCAGCCUAAAUUAAUGUAAAUGGUUCAGGCUUUGUGCUUUUAUUAAAACUUUGUUUCUAACAGGUGGUUCUCACUAUUUAUAUUCAUUAAUUUGACAUCAUUUUACAGAGAAACAUCCUGGGUAUAAUAAACAAUCAACGGUAAAUGAUCCACAUAUUAUUAUCUACAUCACUGCCCUCAAAGAAAUUCUGCACACCAAUGUGUGUGCUCCUAACAGCCUGGGAGACAAGAAAUACAUCUGUGCGAUAUCAUCAAAAGAAAGAAAUUGAAAGAAAAGUGUAAAAGAUGUCAAAGGCAAAUGGUUGGUGCAAGAUCAAAGCUAGUUAGCUCAAAAGCUAGAAUUCUAACCACAGUCUAAGAAAAAAGCAAAUGCUCACCGUAAUUUAACUGAGUUUUUGUUAUGCCCUAUCAAGUUGCCUGCUGAGGCUUGUCUUUCAAGCCAGUUGGAAAGUUCCAGAUCAGGCAGUGGCUGGAGUAGAAGGAGAACCGAGUGUGGAACCGGGAGGUCAGGGCUCUGGGUUUGGCUUUGUCUCCUGUAGUGACUUGUUCUCCAGGGUGGCCGCCACCUCCAAUUCGGGCCAGGGAUGCCCCAGCUGUAAAUUUUAGUGGGUACCAGCCUCUCACUGGGUCCUGUCAAUUCUACUCUGAAUGUUAGUUGCCACCACACUAGUAAAAGACUUUACUUCCCACCCCUCCCUCAUCUUCCCCCACUUUAAGCCAUUCCUGCCAUCACAGCCACAAGAAUGAGAACCAGGUCUGGCUGUCAUUUUGUUCCUGAAGUAUUUCCAGCGUCUUCCAUUGACACCCAAUGAAGUUCAAGUCCCAUAGGCUGGCAUUCACAGCCUUCCAUAUUCCGGC